AUGGGAAUACGUGGACUAUGGGAGCGAGUCACUUUAUCUGCUGAAAACCAAACUCUCAAGGAACUUGCAGUGUCAGAGCUGAAGACUGAAGACAUCGAAGGCAACCACAAGCUCCAAUUAUUCAAAAUUGGGAUUGAUGCCAGCCUGUGGAUGCACAGUACACUGCUGAAGCUGCCGCUGCACGCAAUCUUUGUCUUUGAUGGCCUCAAGCACUUGCCAGACAAAGGUCACAAGGUUAGGAGCAGCCCCUACUGGCUCACCCAUGACCUCCAGUGCAUGCUGGAGUUGUUUGGCUUUCACUGGACUGAAGCCCUGAGUGAAGCUGAGGCAGAGCUGGCUGCCAUGAAUGUCCAUGGCAUCAUCAAUGCUGUGAUGAUUGAGGACAGCGAUAUUUUGGUCUUUGGAGCUCCGUGCAUUAUUAGAAGUGUGAAAAAUGACAAAAACUAUCUCAACAUCCAGGUGUUCACGGAGGAUGGCCUUGAACAUGGCUGCUCAUUAACCCGAGGAGACCGGCUGCUAAUUGCCCUGCUUGUAGGCGGUGAUUAUGAUGGUGGUGUGCCUGGCUGCGGUAUUGAAAUCGCGCACAAGGUGGCACUGCACAGUAAAAUCAGCCAGAUGAUGCUUGAUGCCUUCCUCUCAAGGACACCAGAUGAAUUCUCUGAGCGGGCUAAGGAGCUCGUUGAGGAUCUCCAUACCCUACUUUCUACUAAUCCUUACAAUUCGCUUGAGCACAGGUAUAAGGCAGUUGCGGACCACAUUCCUCAAGGUUUCCCUCAGCAUGCAGUAGCCAGCAAGUACGUUCACACUUUCACAUCUUUGUCAGCUGGUGCAGCUGCAUCACCCUGGGACAUCUCGUUCUAUCAACCAGAUCUCGUGAAUCUUGCAGACUUUUGCCGUCAGCAUUUGGGCUGGGAGGAUAAUGUGAUCAUUGAGAAGAUGUAUGGAGGCGUAUGGGAGGGCACCUAUCUAUGUGCACUAUGCAAGUGCUCACCAGACCAGGCAAACCUUCAGCCAAAGCUCAAAGUCCUUUCUCAGUCAACGCUUAUGGGUUUGAGGCACGACAUCGACAUUUACAACAUUAAGGUUGACUGUCGGUGCUUGGGGUGCAAUACUCUGGGAAAUGCUACUCCUGGGCAGUUGUCUGCCAUGUAUAUGCAUGUUCCAAAGAACAUGACACAGCUAAAGAAAAAUUCUACCAAAGACAAACAGCCACCAGACAUCAUUCACAAGCAAAAGAAGAGAUCAGCUGCCGAGAAGACAGCAUUAGCAGAUGUACAGAGGUGUAAGGAACAUGGUAUCAAAACUCACCUCCAGGCAAGCAACACAAGGACAAACUAUGCUGGGCACGUUCGUCGUGGACGGGAAUGGCUGGCAAGCCACUUUGAAAGUUCUACUGUCAGUGAGACUCGGAGGGAUGACAUCUUUCAAGGCUCACUUGUUCCACUGCUCUCAACUGCUGAAAUAACUGCUGACAAUGAUGUGUAUGAGGACCUUGCAUUCAAAGAUGCAUUUGAGAAUGUACCAAACAAAUGCUCUGACAAAGUGCUCGCUCUGUACAUGUCCCUGAAAGGAUUCCAUGAGAACCUCAGCAAAACUACGCACUUCAAUGAGGUGAAACAGCGCUGGGAAGGAAAUCCCGCUGAUUCUGCAGACAUCUACGAUGUGCUGUCAUCCAUCAAGCAUAAGGCAAGUGCAGAGGGUGGAGAUUGGACUCACUUGAUGGCGAUGAUGAAGGACUACAUGGAUCGGGCAUUCCGAUGGCACCAGGCUGCAUUUCCACUGGAUAUUGCCCUGCAAAUGAUUGAGAAGGUGAUGAAUGGCGCUCAGCCAUCAGAUAUUUGUCUAGACUUAGAAAUGAGAAUGAAACUCACCUGCCAUCUCGAGCAAGUCACAUUUGCAUCAAACGGAUGGACCUUAUGGACAAGGUGUUUUGAACUCAUGAAACUGCAACAGAAGGACAUCUCACUUGAUACUACUGUUUUGGACAGUGUGCUCAAGAUGUACCUUGCAAACGAGAUGCUAACACUGAGAUGGCAGAAGAAGCGUGACAGCUUGUUUGCUACCUUCUCUGAUGAAUUACAUGCAUAUGAAACUGACUAUAGUGGUGCCCUUUCCCCCAUCUCUCGUGGCGCUGAUGCCUCUCUUGCUGGUGAACAUGCACUUACCAGACCAGCAUCCACGGAAGAGCUUCACAUGGUGCACACAUCUGUCGCUGCAGAUGUCAACAGCCUGCGCAAUGACAUGCACUCCCUAACAAGUGUUGUAGUGCAGGCUGCCUGCAGCACAGAAAUCGCCCUCCAACACCUCGAUUCAAGCCACCGCUUUACCAGUGUCUCUGAGUGUGCCUCCUGCACAACAACUCCACCAUAUAUCACUCAACCUGUCAGAGGAGCACCCACCACAGCCGAAUGGCCACUCUCACCCAGACCCAUUGUCAGCCCAAUGUCUACCAUGGCCCUAUCCACCUCCAGCACAUCAUGA